UGUUUUCCAAUUUCUAUGGAAAUGUAAAAAAAUGUUCCCCAUGCAAAUAUAUCCUUUGAAUUUAAUGGAAUUAUGAGAAAACCACUGAGAAACAGAGAGAAAGAGACUAACACCUUUAACCCGUCCAAAAUAGAAAAGGCUUUGAUACAUUUGGCAGUCGAUAUUUAACAUAGCUCCCGCGUCCUUUUGUCCUUCCUGUUUUCUACUCAGUGUUGUUAUUUUGAGCUUUCAUACGUGAUUCUGAACAUUUCUUUUUGCUAAGGGGUAGGGUCGUCUGAAAGUGUUGGAACGAGGCCCAAAGCUAAGAACUUUCUGAGCGCACACGGAAGUGUUGCUAUAGCGACUGCGUUGUCUAACACCACGCCGGACUUGGUUUGAUAGGAUUUCAAAACGGCCUUGUGUUUCAGAUGUGACUUAUAACGUUUGUUAUACCCUAUUACUUUGAAAUAUCCAGUUGGCAAAAGUUUGGCAACGAUACCUUAGGAUGAGCGCGUCAGUGGCGCGGAGGCAAAAAGUUAACUUUCUUCCGGACAUCAACAAACCGGAGAAACGUUCACCUGCGCACGAGCGGACUAGUCCACGACCACGGUCCAGGAUACAGAACAAGAAGAAAGAAAAUGAACCAAAGUCAACAGGAAUAAUCCAGACGCCAACAAUCUCCAAAGAUGAAGUCGCCAUGUUCCGGAGCAGUGUGUGGAAGAACACGUGUGUGGAGCUGCUGCGUGGAGGGUUCCACAGGUCUUUCUCCGAGCUGUCCUCUCUGCUGCGGCACUGGAAGGAGGUCCGGGAAGCAGCUGGUCCAGGAUCAGUCAUCUGGCAGCAGAUAUCGUUGGAAGAGCAACCCACCAAACUUCAUACACUCCAACACUACCUGACCAGAGCAGAGACAGCACAGAGGGCUGGUGUGUGGAGUGAGGUAUAUGACAACCAGCUGUGUUUGGCUCAGUACUUCAGAGACACAGACGACAUGUGGCUGAGCUCCCACUUCUACCAGGCCAGUUUGGCGUCAGCACAACGAGUCAAAAUGGACGGAGGACGGAAAGAGGCUGAGGCCUCAUCCAACAUGGGACGAGUCUACAUGGAGGAAGGUCAGUUGGACAGUGCCAGGGAGAUCUAUGAGCGGUUCUACAAGCUGACGGCUGGGCAGUCCUGGAGAGACGAUGGGGGUGUGUGUCUUCACACGCAGGCGUGUCAGUCUCUCUGUGGUGUGUACACCCAGCUGGCCAACCUCCUGCUGCAGGCCGACGACCACAGACCAGCCAUACAGACACUCAACAAGGCCUUCCAGAGGGCGAAGGAGGCUGGUGACCGUAGAGUUGAGGGGGAGGUGGCCUACCGUUUGGGUUUGGCCUAUCAGUGCGUAGGAGACCAGGUGACAGCCAAGUGCUUCCUGAACAUGUACCUGGAGAUCUCCACCCUCCUGGGGGAUGCUGACAGACUGGGGAAGGCUUACAAAGCUAUAGCAAAGUCCCUGGAGUGCGAAGGAAAGCUGAAUGAGACACUCCAGUAUCUGGAGAAGUUUGCAGAGGUCUCCCAGAGCAACAACCAGCACCACCACCUGGAGGAGGCCUGCAUGUGUUUAGGAGUCAUCUUCACCUCCCGGGGUCAGUACGACAGAGGCUGUGCGUAUUUCGAGCGGGCGUAUGAGAUCGCGCGGGACCUGGACGAGGUCCCUCUGGUGCAGAGGGCUCAGGUGUGUGUGGGUAGUGCCAAGGCCCACAGUCUGAUCAGGAAGUUCAGUCACCACAUAGAAACAGCAUCCCAUAGCAACCUGAGACUCCUCACUGCCUGGAAAGACAGGAGGGAGGAUGUCUUCUCCGACACAACAUCCCAGAACACAUCCACACAGCAGACAUGUGAGACAUCCCAGAACUCAUCCACACAGCAGACAUGUGAGACAUCCCAGAACUCAUCCACACAGCAGACAUGUGAGACAUCCCAGAACUCAUCCACACAGCAGACAUGUGAGACAUCCCAGAACUCAUCCACACAGCAGACUUGUGAGACAUCUCAGAACACAUCCACACAGCAGACAUGUGAGACAUCCCAGAACUCAUCCACACAGCAGACGUAGGGAUGUUGGUAAGAAGAGGAAGCGGAUUAGGGACAGGACCGGGGGACCAGAGAAGUGCCAUACUUUUAUCACCAUGUUAAUAAUAAAACAUUUGUAAACUCUG